GUUCUAUUCACGGAACCGUGGUAGGGUUAUAUGCCACCCCAAAAUCCUUCGCCAAGCGUGUAUAAGCCUCUGUGUAGAUGCGCCAUGCCUGUGGCGACGGCUGAUUGCUAAGAGAGGGUGCCAUUAGGCAACCGAUCCUCCCCCUACCUCAAGCAUGAUGGGUCCUGCGGCUUGUCUGAUUCUUAGUGACUGUGCCGCACAGUGAUGGGAAGCCUGUCCAUUCCUAGAGUCGGUUGGCGUGACGCUGAAGAAGAACUGCGAUAUUCGACAGAUACUGCCCAAUAUAGCUCGCUUAAUACCAAGGAAUAACUGUCUGCCUAGUUUUGCCUUAAAAUGCCUGCGAACCAUCUCCCCGCUGUAUAUAUAAUCCUUCGGAGGACCGUCGCGCGUCUCUCGAUUCGUCUCUCUUCCGAAAAUCUCGAUCUUGCUCACUUCGAAGACCAAAGCCAUACUGAAAUACGAGCCGUCCGGAUGUUGAAGAUUGCGGCGCUCGCUGUCCGAGCAUUCCUGCUCCUGUUUGGCGCCGUCGUCCUAGGCCUCUCCGUGACCCUUGCGAAGCAGCAAGUCGUCGGCGCACCCCCAUCCGAGACCUCAUUCGGUAGCUUCUGCGGGGCUUUUGGUAUACUAGUCUCGCUCGUCGGCCUCGCUGGCCUUUUCAUCGACAAGAUACCUGCGACCGUCGUGUUGGGAGCAGACGGCCUCGCCUCGGCGCUCUACCUAGCCGGUGGCAUCGCUCUGACGAUCGCGCUGAGGCCGGUAUCGAGCUGUACAAGCUGGGAUGCCUGGCCCCGUUACGAGCGAGCGACCAACAAGCUCCUGACCGGAGGUUGCCAAGACGUUGCUGGCGACCUCGUCUGCCCUGGCAUCGGAACCGAAAAUGAUGUGAUGAGCCGCUGCCAACGGGUGCAGGCCGACUACGUCUUCGAGUACCUAGCCUUCGUCUUCGGCAUAGCUAUCGUCGGCCUAAGCUUCGCACUUCGCAAGCGUGGGGGCGGGUCAAGUGCCACUUAUGUCUAGGCGGGAGACGGACGACUCGGCCUGCGCCUACGAUUAGGACGUAAUAUACUUGAUGAUCCAAGGAAACGAACAGGUCGCUGUAUCCCGUCGCGUGGAGGGGUUGAUAGUAGAUAGUUGUC